CCGAAAGUGUUUGCGCCGAAAUUACGAAUGUCCCGGCUAUGGACUAAUUCUGCGCUGGAAGCAAGCCAUCCCCAGUAGAGGGAGACUGGCAGGAGAUGGACCGGUUGCGGGCGAUCCCAGAGACCCAGACCGGACCCUACGUGAGGUGGUGUGUCUGACACCAGUAGACCGUGGACCAAGCUCCCCACUGGAUAAUGUCUCUGGUCCAUUGCUGCAUCAUUUCAACCAAAACAUUGCGACGAAGCUUGCCUGGGUGGACGGCCCAGAAAACCCGUGGCGACAGAUUAUACUCCCCCUGUCCCAUGCCUCGCCGAUCGUGCGCUACUCCUUGCUGGCCAUGUCGUCGGAGGAUCUCACACAUAAAUAUACCAUCGACCGGCCGUACUUCCAUCAACUGAAAGCGCAGUCGCUGUAUUACCGGGACAAAGUCUUAUCCCUCUUACCACAACAUCUAGAACGUCUUUUGAAAGCCCCCGUGUCGUUUGAUUGUGCGAAUCAGGCACGGUUCGCUCUGGCAACAGUCCUCCUUCUCUACAACCUCGAGCUCUAUGCGGCCAAGGCCACGCAACGGCGACUACACAUCCAGGGGGCUCGAGCAAUCAUACAAUGGAAGCUUCAGGCGAUCGGACGUCACCUACCCCCCGACGUCGCCGAUAAUUUUCUCCGUUAUGAGUACUACUUCACCGCCGUCUUCAACGGCUUGACCACGUUUGAUGCCACCUACGAUGUCAUUGACGAUAUCCCAAUUCACGACAAAAUUGCCGUUUUUGGUGACUUUGUCCGGAUCAUGCACUCUGUAACCCGAGCGGAGCGACGUAAGUUUAGUGGUAGCUCCGAUAUCGAAACGACACGGGUGGAAGAUAUCGUGGACGAAAUUGAAACGGCGAGAGGUCGAGCGCUCCAGCUGAAUCAGAUCAUGCGGUUUCAAUAUCCCGACGCGCGACACGAUUUCGAACACUUGACACACAUGUAUUACCAUGCGAGUUUAAUCUACAGCCACCGUGUGCUCUCUGACUUCGGUUCGUCCAACGACCUCAUUCGGGCUUCUCGAGACGCGAUUCUCGAACACUUAUCGCACCUCAUGGAGCGGGCAUAUUUCGCGCACGACCUGGUCUGGCCACUGUUCGUCUGUGGGACGGAAUGUCGUUCCCCGGAUCAGCAAGACGCCAUCGAACGGGCGCUUUUGGGGGUGAUUCGUCUCAGCGGCAGCCUGGAACGACGGCGAGUUUUGUCCUUUUUAAGGAUGUUUUGGCGGCUGGAGGGCGACGAUCGGCCGGCGAAUUGGAUUGCAGUGGCCAGGAGUCGCGCGGCCGACUGUAGCUUUGUGAUUAUCUGACACGCGAAUACUACCUGCCCCUCACGCCGCCAAUCUUUCUGCCUGGGGAAUUCCCAUCCUGGACGGCCUCUUCCGAGAUAAGAUUGGCGCCUACCAGUUUACGUAGGCGGUGACCCGCUUAGUGGGGUGGUGGCAGUGUAAGGUUGCCACUCGGCGUUAGUCUAAAGUCUGUUGGUGCCACCCGGUUUCCUUUUCCAGUUUAGGGCAAUAUCCUACAGACAUUCUGGGGAAAAGGAGAUUCGUAUUCCGGCCGAAGGGCCAAUCAGUGUCGCCCUUCAUGGCCACCCUGGUCCAUUAGUCACCACGGCGAUUUAUCUCCUGCAAUCGGAC